GUUCUGAUACGGCUAGUGUGGAGAAUGAGACUUGGCAUCCCAUAACUAUCCCUUGAAUAUUAUUUUCAACUUACAUAGUUACAAGUUAUAAUUAGUCUAUUUUUUAUUUAUUUAACAUUUACCAACGUGUCUCAUCCCUGACAUUCAAUUUGUCUUCUACCCUGUCGCCUGUCGCCUGUCGCCCAUUGCCCAUUGCCUUUCUGGCCCCUUACUUUUGAGGGCAUUUGUUUAACUUAGGCAUUCAUCACUUAAUACCUACUUAACUUACUUAUCCUGUUAUUCUUGUCGGCGCAAGAAUUCAAAUUCACCAUGACAUCAAAAGCCAUGUGGGAGGUCGAUCCGGAGACCAGAUCCAAGCUUUUGUCCAUCCAAAAAACCAAUAACAACAAUGUCUGCUGCGAUUGCAAUGCGCCGAACCCCCAAUGGGCGUCUCCCAAAUUCGGCGUCUUCAUUUGUCUUUCAUGCGCCGGUGUCCAUCGAGGUCUCGGUGUCCACAUCUCCUUCGUUCGCUCCGUCACCAUGGACGCCUUCAAACAGGCCGAGAUCGAACGUAUGCGACUAGGCGGUAACCAAGGAUGGCGAUCCUUCUUUGAGCAGCAUGACGAUACCAAAAUGCUGGGCAUCAGCUGGGACGAUGCUACCAUUGCGGAGCGAUAUAGUGGCGAAGUAGGCGAGGAGUGGAAAGAGAGGCUAAGCGCCAAGGUAGAAGGCAAAGAAUACGUCCCCGGCGAGCGGAAGACCACACCGAAGAGCGCACCGAGGCCCACCGCUGGUACCGCAAAGCCAAACCCUAAGCAGGCCAGCAGGACGGGAACACCAUUGCAGGGCGUGGCGACCAGCGGAAGCCGAACGGCAAGUCCUAGCCGACCGGGCGUCAAGGCUAAAGUAGAUGACGAGUACUUUGCGCGGUUAGGAAAAGAGAAUGCCUCUAGAGCGGAACACUUGCCACCCAGCCAGGGAGGCAAGUAUGCAGGCUUCGGAAAUACUCCCAUGCCUGCCAACAACAGUGGCGGCGGCGCUGGGAUCUUGCCGGAUUUCGCAGAGGUGCAGAAAGAUCCCGUGGCGGCACUGACAAAAGGGUUCGGUUGGUUCACAACAACAGUAACUAAGACAGCGAAGGGAAUCAACGACGAUUUCAUUCAGCCCACGGCCAAGCAGAUCGCAGAAUCCGAGUUUGCGGCGCAAGCCAGAGCGACGGCCGGCAAUGUGGGAAAAGCAGCACAAGCAGGCGCGAUGACGGCGCAAGAACGCCUCAACCGAUUCGUGGAGGGGUCUGACGGGCGGGGGCGAGCCCCCAUAGACGAGAGCAAGAAGGCAUUCUGGGACGACCUUUCAGCUAUGGCUGAUCAACGACACGGCACGGGCCCCAAGUACAGCUCCAUCGGUACUUCGGCUAUGGGAAAGGGCGGUACUAAGAACUCGCCAGCCAAGAAGGAUGAUGAGUGGGACGACUGGUAAUGAAUGAUAGACGAAUGAGGGGAUGAGCUUGGGUGGCUAGCUAGUUAGCUAGAUGAGGUGCAGUUAUUGUUCUAGAUGAUAGAGAGACAGAGAGAGACGAUGCCAUGCUGUAUAACUAGGUGGGUAGAUGGAGUUCUGGGUAGCGUAGGCAGGUGUACUUUCAGGCGUCUUGAAACACCUUCACCUUGGGGUACAAUAAUGUGCAAGCACGCGUAGACCCGACUAGUGCGGGCAUGACGUUCUACAAAGAGCUGUACUUUGGCCUACAUAAAUAAUACUGAUAUGACUGGGAAUUUUGAGGUCCUAGGUUGUUGCUUUUUCGUGAUGCCCCUUACUUUAUUGGUUUUACCCCUUCUUUUUAAGUGGCAAUAAAGACUAUGGCUCGUAACUUUCCAAUGGAUAUUAGACUUGAUAUAACGUAGACCCUGUUAUUCUACCCAACACUACUAGUAAGUAUAUGAAAAUAAGUAGGUACUGUAUAUUAGUUGUCGGUAUAAUAAAGGAGUACGUAGUAGUUUAUGAACAGAGGGGUGUCACGUGUAAGGGGGGGAAGUAGUGGGGAGUUUUAGUUUCCUUAGAAACAUUUUGGAUUUGGCCGAGGUUUUUUUUAUUUGC